AUGUAUUCAACAAAUUCAUCAUCAGAUGAUGAAGAAAAAGAAUUAAUGGAUGAAAUUCAAUUGAAUCAAAAUUUAAGUGGUAGUUUUGGUGGAAUUGGAUCAUCAUCAAAUAAUAUUGGAGCAUCACCAGGUGGAGAUUUUAUAAAUCAAAUGGAACAGGUUUUUAAAACUAUUGAUACUGAAGAGAAUGGAAUUAUAUCAAUAACACAAUUAAGACAAGAGAUUGAAUCAUUAACUGGUGAAUCAAGUGAAACCAAUCCAUUAAUUGGUAAAUUAUUAAAUUUUUUAAGAAUUGUUCAUAGAGCUGAACAACCAAAAAAUGAUGAUGACGAAGACGAAAAUGAAGACGAACAACAAGAGGGUGAUGAUCAAGAAAAUACAGGUGGUAGUGAUUUUGAAGAUGAUUCAUCAUUUGAAGAUUUAAUAUUAAAUGAAAAGAAACAAAUUGAAGAAGAUAAUACAUUUGUUGAUCUUCAAUCAUUUUUAGAAUCUAUGGCAAGUUAUAUGGAUGGUGAAGAUCCAAAAAAAUUACGUGAGAAACAAAUUGAGAAAUUAAAAUUACCAAAAUUUAAGGUACCAAUUGACUUAUUGAAAAAGUAUAAUAUCACACCAAAAUUUUUAUCACCAUUAAUUUCUGGUGGUAAUAAUUCACUAAAUAAUAAUGAUUCACCAAACAGCGGUGGUGGUGGUAGUAAUAUGGUAUUUUCACAUUUAAAUAAUAGUCCAUCAAAAAGUGGUGGUGGUGGAUCAUCAAAUAAAUUUAAUAGAUUAUUUACAGCGAAACCAAUGGUAACAUUUGAGCAAUUUAAUCAGUUAAUUACAAAAUUAAAUUAUGGUAAAGAAAUACCAAAACAAAAGUUAUUAAUGCAUUUACAUGAUUUACCAACUGAUAAAGAUGAUUGUAUUGAUGCAAAUUUAUUUUUAUCAAGUUUUGGUGGUUUAAAUCAUCCAAUGUCACCAAAGUUAACUUAUAAUGAUGAUGGUGAGGAAAAUCUACAACAACAGCGAUAUAAUAAUGAAAAAAAAGAAAAUCAAUUUAAUAUAAAUUCACGUGGUAGUGGUAAUACAAGUCCACCAAAUGUUAAAAUUAAUAAUAAUAAUAAUACUAAUAGUAAUAGUAAUACCAAUAUCAAUAAUACAUCAACUAAUAAUAUUAGUCAAUGGAAUUCAAAGAAUACACAAAUUGUUGAUCAACUUCAAGAUUCAUAUAAAAUUUUAGAGAAAGAAGUUGAGUCAUAUCAAAGUGAGUUAUCAAUGUUGGAGAAAUCUAGACAAAUUCAAGACUCAACAUUAAAGAAAAAAGAUCAAGAAAUUGAUAAGCUUAGAAAGGAGGCUAGAUUCGUCGAUGGUAUGAGAGACGCUAAUAAAGAUUUAAUGGUACAAAAUCAAAAUUUAAAAAAUCAAUUAUCAAAAUUAACUUUGAAUGAAGAAUUGUUACGUGAAAGUAUCGAUCAAGAAAAAGAUAGAUUACGUGAAGCAAUGGAAUCGAAUGUAUUGAAAGAAUUGGAACUUAAAAAAUUAAAACUUUUAUUAAAAACACAACAAAAUAUUAAUAAUAAAUUAUCAAUGAUGGUAACAUUCAGUGAUGACACCCUACAAGAAGGCGGCGGCGGAGGUAGUGGCACAAAUUCACCAAGUGGUGCUGGUGGUUCAAUUAAUUUCACAAGUAAAAGAAUAAAACCAACAAUUGAUAGAGCAAAACAAGUCCUAAGUAGACAAAAAUCAGAUAAAUUCGAAAUCGAUAAAUAUUCAACCAUUCAUGCAAAUAAUAAUUUCUCAAUGUUUUUAAAACAACAACAAUUACAAUUACAAGAAAAACAAGAAAAACAAUAUCAACAACCAUAUUAUUACACAAGUGGUACAAAUUCACCACAAUCUUUACAAUCUGAAUUUGAAGAAUUAAAUAAACAACAACAGGGUACUACUACUCCACCAUUAUCACAACAAAAUUCAAUAAAUUAUGAUAAUAACAAUAAUGAUAAUGAUAAUAAUGAUAAUGAUGAUGGUUCAUCAGAAUUAGAUUCUUUAAAGAAACAAUUAAGUGGAUUCGAUUAUCAAUUACCAUCUGAGGGUUCUUUUGAUUCUCCAUCACAUAAUCAAUCAUUUGAUUCACCAACAUUAUUAUCGUCACCACCAAUUUCACAAUUAAUUUCAAAAGUUUCAGAUGGACCACAACCAAUUCAAAUGAUGUCACCAAUGACUCCACCAUUACCAAAUCAAAUUAGUAGUGGUAAUUUAUCAAUUUCAUUAAAUGCAACACCAUCAAAGGAACAAUCUAUUAAAUCAUUAUUUUCACCAAAUUAUAUUAGAACUUCAUCACCAUCAAUUAAAUCUACAACAACAACAACAGCUCCAUCAUCAGCACCAAUUUAUUCAUCAACUCCUUCAACAAGUACUGCUGCUGCUUUAUUAUCACCAUUUAGUUUAAAUAAUCCUAUUACAACAACAACUACAACUACUACCACUACAUCCAAUACCGUUAAUUCUCCAUUAAAUAAUAAUAAUAAUAAUAAUAAUAACACAUCAUCAUCAUCAUCGACAAAUAUAGCAGGAAAUAGCAAUAGUAAUAGCAAUAGUAAUAGUAAUUUAGGUUAUAAUACAAUUAGCAGUAAUAGUUUUAAUAAUAUAGGUGGUAAUGGUUUAACAUCAAGUCAAUUAAUACAGGAUCAAUUUAAUGUGGGUAGUAUUAGAAGAUUAAAGAAAUCAGAUAUUAUUAGAUUACAUACAUCAGAAAUGGAGGAACAAAAUGAAUCAGCACAAAUGUUAAUUACAGAGGCAGAGAAAGCAUUGGAAGAAUUUAAAAAGAAUAGUUCAUUGGAAUUACAGCGUUUACAAAAAUUAUUACAAGAGGAAAGACAACAUUCUAAAACAUUGGAAAAACAACUCUCUAGCCAAUUGGAUAAGAAUAAAGAGAUGGUCACUGGUAAAGAAUCUACCAAUACUAGUAGUUGGGGUGGUAUGCAAAAUUUCUUUUCUUUUGUAACAAAUUAUUUACCUUCAACUUUAUUUUGUAAUUUAUCAAGUACAAGUUAA